CGCUGACUUCUAGUGAAGCCACAACAUGUUUGCAUCAGUUCCACCACAGCUGCAGACUGUUUCACACACUUUUUUACCAAAGGCACAGAAUCUGACCUUAGGCACCAGACACACAACAAUGGCUGAGUAUGCUGAAGAUUACAUUUACGAUUUUUUCAAUGACAACAGUACCCUAUCGCCAGGGUACGGAGUAAUCGGAGAGGUUCCUUUAUGCAAUAAAGGCAAUGUCAUCCAGUUUGGCGCAGCAUUUCUCCCAGUCUUCUACUACACCAACUUCUUGCUGAGCUUGGUGGGGAACGGACUGGUGCUGUACAUCAUCUUCAAAUACGAGAAGCUCAGCACGGUCACCAACAUAUUCUUGCUCAACCUAGUCAUCUCGGACCUGGUCUUCGCCUCCAGCCUUCCCUUUUGGGCGGUCUACCACAAGUCAGAAUGGAUCUUUGGCAAAGGCCUUUGCAAGUUGGUUGGAAGUUGUUACAGCAUCGGCUUCAACAGCUCCAUCCUCUUCCUCACUCUCAUGACUUUCGACCGCUACCUUGCGGUGGUCCACGCCAUCUCUGCAGCCCAUAGGAGGAGAAAAAAGUACGCGUUCGGAUCGGCCGCCGCUGUCUGGGCGCUCAGUGUAUUUGCUAGUAUAAAGGAUAUAGUUCUAUAUGAUGUGAUGGAUGGUUCAAAUGGUUUGCUGUGCGAAGUGACUGGUUACCACCAGAAUAUCCUCACAAAGUGGGAGCUGUUUGGCUAUUAUCAGCAGGUUCUUCUUUUCUUCCUAGUGCCUCUGGCCAUCGUCCUGUACUGCUACAUCCGCAUCUCCAUCAGGAUCAUGUCCACACGCAUGGUGGAGAAGUGCAGGGCAGUCAAACUCAUCUUUGUCAUCGUCUUCACCUUCUUCAUCUGCUGGACGCCUUACAAUGUGGUCAUUCUGUUAAAAGCCAUCAAGACGUCAUCUGUAGACCCGGACAAUUGCUCGGAAGCCCUCGACUAUGCUCUGUACAUAACACGUAACUUUGCCUACCUGUACUGCUGCAUCAGCCCUGUUUUUUAUACCUUUUUGGGGAAGAAGUUUCAAAGCCAUUUUCUGAAGAUUCUGUCCAAGCGCAUGCCUUGUUUGAAGAACAAUGCCUUGAUGUCAAUGCCAAGUAGUAAAACCACUUCAAUCAGGAGCCCAACCACUAGUUACUGAUCGUUCAUUGCGUUUUGUUGGUGAAUUUGUUGUUAAGAGGACACAAAUUAGAGCGCCAAGAGAAAGAAAAAACAUAGAAUCCAAGAUGCAAUGUUUGACUGUAAGAAAAUAUAUGAUCAAUAAUUUCUAAUUUAACGGAUAUUAAUUAAUAGUGCAUGUCUAAUGAGCUCCAUCAAUUUUACCAGAUGAAGCAAAAGUAUUGAUGAAAAUUUAAAAACAAGUGAAAUGUUGUCAUAUUUUACGGUUUGUUUGAUGUACAUAUGUAAAUAUUCCUUCAUAAAUAUCUAUUUGGUGACAUAAAAAAGUAAAAAAAAAAAAAUGUUUCAAUAAUUUCUCAUUUAAUGCAUGAUGAAGAGUGUAUUUUUAAUGAGCUCCAUCAGAGCAAAAGUAUUGAUAAACAUGUAAAAAACAAUUGAAAUAUUGUCAGAUUUUACAGUUCAUUUAAUGUACAUAUGUAAAUAUUCCUUCAUAUCUCUUUGAUGACAUACAUGUUUCCAAUAAUUUCUCAUUUAAUGACGAAUAGGCAUUUAAUACUAUACUUAUUAUUAAUAAUAACUUACAUUUUUUACUGUCUAUACAGAUAAAUAUUAAUUCACAAGUAUUGCUUAAUUAAACAAAACGCACACAAAAAAACCUUAUCAAUGGCUUCUGUGAUGAAAGAGCAUCAUUGCAACAUAGGCUAUUGUUCGUUAGACCUAAUCUAUGUGUUUUUUUGCUAGAUAUAUCUCUUUACUACAUUCUAUUCUUUAAGGAGUUAUAUUGUUUUGUGUGGAAUAUAUUGUUGUAAAUAGUUAUACUGUUAGUAGUAAAUAGUUAGAUAUUGCUGCUGGUGUAACCUGAGCAAAGAUAUAAAAUAUUAGUGACAGGAAUUUGUCGAUCUAUUUGGUGACCUGAUAUGAAACUCACAACCCUUUAAAGUUCUCAGAAAUGAGCAAACUUCCUGUCCUGUCAACAUCUAAAUAUAUCCUGUUCUGAUCUGCAUUUUGAGCAUGAACUCAGUCUCUGCAAUGUGUUCUUUUGGUUCUGUAAUAUACAUCUCAUUUUAAUGUAUGAUAAUAAAUAUUCUUAAUAAUC